AACGUUGGCAAAUGGCAGGCAGCUAGCCAUUAUCAUUCAUGCGAAGCACAUUUCUCACUAAACAGUGAAGCCUUAACAAAAAUGUCUACUAUCCUCACUAAUACCUGGACCCGUAGGGAAAAGAGGAUCGAAGGACAUGCCAAAAUCUUGGCGAUAGGAACCGCAAUUCCGGCGAAUUGGGUUGACCAAACCACCUAUCCAGACUUUUAUUUUCGCAUCACAAAUAGUGAACACUUGCUGGAACAUAAAGAAAAGUUUAGACGCAUCUGCAACAAGAGCAAGAUUAGGAAACGUCACCUGGUUAUAACAGAAGAAUUAUUGAAGAAAAAUCCCAACUUGUGCACAUACAACGAAGCUUCACUUAACACCAGGCAAGACAUUUUGGUGUCGGAAGUUCCAAAGCUGGGCAAAGAAGCUGCCAUGAAGGCUAUAAAGGAAUGGGGUCGCCCCAUUUCUGAAAUAACCCAUUUAGUGUUCUGUACCUCCAGCGGCGUUGACAUGCCCGGUGCAGAUUUCCAACUCGCAAAGCUACUGGGCCUUAGCUCGUCCGUGAACCGCUUAAUGAUGUACCAGCAAGGUUGUAACGCCGGCGCCGCCAUGCUCCGGCUAGCCAAAGAUCUCGCCGAGAAUAAUAAAGGUGGUCGCGUUCUGGUGGUGUGCUCGGAAGUUAUGUUAAAUGUAUUUCGUGGGCCAAGUCUAGAACAAGAAGAUAAUCUUUUGGCGCAAUGUUUAUUCGGCGAUGGCUCGGCCGCCGUGAUUGUUGGGACAGAGCCGAGGCCCGGUCUUGAAACUCCAUUGUUUGAGUUGGUCUCUGCCGCACAAACAACCAUUCCCGACACUGAUUCUCACCUUAAACUGCACUUGCGAGAGAUGGGGCUUACAUUCCAUUGUAGCAAGGCUGUCCCUUCUCUCAUUACCCAAAAUGUGGAGGAUUGUUUGGUGAAGGCGUUCGAGCCGUUUGGAAUCUCGGAUUGGAAUUCAAUUUUCUGGAUUUUGCACCCUGGUGGCAUUGCCAUUCUGGAUCGCGUGGAAGAGAAAUUAGGGCUGGAGCCCGAGAAGUUGCGAGCGUCAAAGGACGUUCUUUCGGAGUAUGGGAAUUUAACAAGCGCAUGUGUGUUGUUCAUAUUAGAUGAGAUGAGAAAGAAAUCCAAGAAAGAUGAAGAGAUGACUACUGGGGAGGGAUUGGAAUGGGGCGUGGUUUUCGGGUUUGGACCUGGACUUACCAUUGAUACUGUUGUCAUUCGUAGUGUGCCCACAAAUUAGCUAGCUAGUAAUUAAGGAUCGGAGUAAUUUUUAAACAAUUCAUGCAUACAAUAAAACAUUAUUAAGAGUGUUGUUUAAUUGUCAUUAUAUUAGAGGAAAUCCGGCCUACUGUUUACCAUGUAUGUUCUAUUGUUACUACAUGCAUGUUAUCUACUAUAAAUAUAAAUUAUGCUUUCUAUCAAUAAAAAUUGUGAAAUGUGA